GGCAAAUGGAAUUAUAAGUAAGGGGUUUAGAAGUCAGUUUUCUACUUAGAUUAGAUAGACUGUUCUAUAUUUGUAUGCAGUGAUUUUGGACGAGAGGAACAUGCAUCCAGACUCCAGCACUGAAUUCGACUCAUCGUCCAGCUGUAGCACAGCAUCGCCUGGCGGGGACACCCCUGGGUGCAGCCAGCAUCCUCCUGACUCGCUUUCAUCAUCAGUGGACAGCGCCAAGAUCAGUGCAGCAGACUCCUUUGUUCCGACCGUGACUGCAAUCUCAACCUCUACGGAUCUAAGGUGGAUGGUGCAGCCGACAGUCAUCACAUCUGUCUCCCCGUCGUCCCGCCGUGCAAAAACCAAAACUCAGUCGUCUUCCGCGGCAAACAAGGCAAAGCCCUCCAACAGGAAAGGGCUGAAAGAAAAGGCUUCCAAAGAGGAGGAAGAAAGGAGGAGGAUCAGGAGAGAGAGGAACAAGAUUGCUGCAGCAAAGUGUCGUAACAGACGAAGGGAGCUGAUAGACACUCUGCAAGCUGAAACUGACAAGCUCGAAGAUGAGAAGUCUGCGCUCCAGACAGAGAUAGCCGACCUGCUGAGGGAGAAGGAGAGACUGGAACAGGUCUUAGUCUCCCACAAACCAUCCUGCAAACUUCCUGUAAAUGACAAUGAUGAUGAUGAUAAUGAUGAGGAGGAGGAUAAUAGUGAAGAUGAUGAUGUUAACAUAAUGCUGCAAGAUCCUCCGGCCUCCCCACAGCUGCUGUCCAUGUUAGAGAAUGGAAAACAUCCAGAGAGCAACACGGCCAUCGGAGAAGCCUCUAUUGGUCAAGACAUGGACACUGUCCCUUGCAUCCCUGCUGCAGCCAUUUUGGGGAACUCCAACAUCCUCCUGUGUUCGAGUGCAGAAGAGGAGGCUCUGGAGGACUUGAAAGGAGAUGACCUGGAUGACUUGGUGCCCAGCCUGGAGAUGGCAGUGAGUCCAGAUAUGGCUGCAUCUGUCCCUGACAUAGACCUGAGCAGCCCCUUCUGCCUCUCAGACUGGGAAACCCUGUACAAGUCAGUGGCGAACGACCUUGAAUCUUUGAGCACGCCAGUCAUGUCUUCCAGUCCAACUUGUAGCAAUUACCGCACAGUGUUUUCCUUUAAUUACUCUGAGAUUGAUUCCUUGGAUGAGGGCUUUGAGAGCCUCAAAGGCAGCCUCGGUGCAUCUGAGUUAAUGAAAGAUCUUAACUCUCCAACACUUCUGGCCUUGUGA